AGAGGGUGGACCCAGCUAGAUAUGAAAGUCAUUGAACUUAUAUUAGAUGACAGUGGACAACUCAUCCUCAGAAGUGGAGAGAUUAAGUCCAUGAAGGAAAAGGUCAGAGGUAAACCACAUAAAGCAGACGCCAUGUCAGACAAACCAAAUCUUUGCGAAAUCAUACAAUUUGAUAAGAAAAAGCUGAAGAAGAUAGAAACCAAAGAGAAAAAUCCUCUGCCAACAAAAGAGACAAUUGAAGAGGAAAAGAGGCAAGAAUCAGCUUCAUGAAUGUGAAAUGGAGGAGAUGCAACUUUUAUUUUUUUUAAGUUGACUGGUUUUCGUUUCAAACCCUUACUGCUAACUGACUUGCGGAUGGGACUCUGUUGUAGCAUUCAGUCCACUCCCAAGAUGGGGACUACUCCCUGUAUUGCACCAAGGGACCAACUUAUCAAUAUAAUGGUGUUUGAACCAUUCAGUGAUAGGAAACAAUGUAUCUGCACACUAAACAUGUGAAGUCAGUUUUAUUUUUAUUUGUGUAUUUAACAUCAAUCUUUCCAUGGACACUUCUAUGCUUAACAUCUUACAAAACUAAUAAAAAAAACAAUGAAAUAACCAAAUGUGUGGAAUAGUUUAGAUUUUUUUUCUUGCCCUUUCUCAUCCCAAAUAAAUCUUUACAGGUAAUUGGCAAAAUCCAUCUGGGGUUUUUUUCAUUAAAGACUCCCAAGUGAAAUGAUGCAUCUGAUAAAUGUUUGCCCAUCUUGGAGACACUAGUUGAAUGAACAUUGUAGUAGUUUACUGGCAUAAUUUUUCAGAAUUUUACUAAACAUAUAUUAAAGAGACGAGGCAACAGUCAAGUGGCUGAGAAAUAGUUAUUUUUGAAUGUUUAACAGCACUUUCAAUUAAUUUUCAUAUUAACAUAUAAUACCUGUAAUGAAAAUGAUGUAUGGUGGUCCUCCAUCAUAGGUUGCAUCAGUCAGAAGCCUACAAUUUAUAUUUUGUUCUAGUUAUGAUUCAUUUUUGACCCCAGCUCUAGGAUGCUACUCAUUAUCACCAAGCUGAGACAAAACAAUCUGUUCUCAGCCAUUUGCAAGACAACUCAACAAAUGAUUUAUUUUCUCCUUCCUCCCAGAGGAACUUCCUCAAACUAUACAGUGAAGAGUAAAUAUUAUCGAUACAAGUUUAUGUUCUGUUUUCAUUCUGCAAUGUUACAACUGCAAUGUUACAUCUUCAAUGUAUUAUGGUGUUCAAUGUAGAUAUCCUUUCAUAUAAUUGUAACAAACAAUGCUUGGGUUCUUGAUAGUCUGUAAAUAAAUCCAUACAGUAUUAUCUGGUAUAGCUCUAAAGGUGCUAUAAAUCCUCCUUAAAUAUAUGGAAAAGUUCUGUUUAGGCUCUGUAAAGGAUCUAUAAUUGAUUUAAACAGUCAUUGUGCACAUAAUUCAGAAGAAUGUGUCCUUUUUGAGAAUCUCUGUCCAAUACAUUAAUUGUCAUAUGUGUCACCACUGAAUUGUUCUAAUCAAAGUGAUAGUUCUGGCCUGGCAAUAGCAUUUAAAGGGCUAUUGUAACAGAAAGUGUGACGGUUAUAUGAUUUGUGGAUUUUGUUUCCAAUUCUUGAAGAACAUUUUAAAUUUAAUUUUUCCAGAAGACACCAUUUUUUUAAUGGAUACUUCCUAUAGAAUUGCACAUUUUUUCCAAAUAACCAUUUUGUAAGUUUGAAAGAUUACAAUAAAUGGAAGUUGCAUCAGU